CGCCUGACAACUGGCUGCGCUGACAAGGCGCAGCCAAAUACCUAGACCUGGUCUCGUUGCACGUCCAGUCCUUGACACAACACGUAUCGAGCGGCCAUCAUGAACACCGCCACGGUCUCGAUGGCGGUGACGCCUACCGUCCUUUCCACCUUUGUCUCUCAUUACCUUAACCGCAAGCCAUUGCACCAGCGGCCAACCGCCCACCUUUCCUACGACGAGGGCCUCCAUCUCAUCCACUCAUUCCUGCGAUUUGCUUCGCAGCACUCCGUCGAGGACCUCCAGGCCUUCACCGCGCAAUGGGUGCCGCAUCCCCAAUGGGUCAGGGUCAAGGACGUCGAGAUCCCGGAGGACAAGCUCAACGAAGCCGCCACUGCGCUCAUCAAGCAGCUGGGACCGGACGGCACCCGCAAAGUCGGCGGCAAAAACUGGUGGCAGUGGCGGAGCGAGGGCAAGCCGCUCGCCGCCGAGUGGAUCGAGAUGAGGGCCGACUACAACGAGCGCAAGCGAUCUGGCACGCCGAGCAAUAGGGUCAUGCUCUAUGUUCACGGAGGCGCCUACUUCUUUGGUUCUGUGGGCGAGCACCGAUACCAAAUGCAGAGACAUGCUCGCAAGCUUAAAGCACGAGUGUUUGCGCCCGAGUAUCGCCUUGCUCCUCAGUUCCCGUUCCCUUGUGGCUUGCAGGACUGCCUCGCAGCCUACCUCUUCCUCCUCACUUUCCAGGACCCCAACUCCAUCAUCCUUGCGGGAGACUCCGCGGGUGGUGGCAUGGUUGUGAGCAUGCUGGUCACUAUGCGAGAUCAGGGGAUCCCAUUGCCAUCAGGAGCUAUCCUCAUCAGCCCCUGGGUUGAUCUCACGCAUUCGUUCCCCAGCUUGUCAGCAGAUGCACCGAUGGACUACAUCCCUGACUACGGGUUCCACCACAAGCCGUCGCCAGCUUGGCCGCCAUUGAACGCAGACCAGUACAAUCUCCUGAAACAGCAAGUCGACAAGCAGGUUGAGCUAGGACGCACAAGACUGAUGAAGCCUGCAUCCGUGGAGCUGAAACGCCUCACGCAGAACCUCGAUCAUCCGGGCGCCGAAAAGAUUGUCGACGAUGACGCGGUGCCGUCGUUCCUCAAGAUCAACCUGGAUGGGAAGGAGAUUGAACUCAAGGACCAGAUCCAGAUGUACACGACCAAUGAGCUUCUGAACCACCCGCUCGUCAGCCCCGUCAUGCAGACGACACUCGGCGGCCUACCUCCUCUGCUGAUCAUGACUGGAGGCGGAGAGAUCCUUCGCGACGAGCAGCUGUACCUCGCGCACAAGUGCGCCAACCCGGCAAAGUAUGCACCCCCCGAGGCGCUGAUGAGCGACGCCGCGCGUGAGCAGCUCCAAAGGUUCAAGCCCACGGACGUCCAGCUCCAGCUGUGGGAAGACAUGUGCCACGUCGGCCCGACGCUGAGUUUCACGCGCCCGGCCAAGUAUAUGUAUCGAUCCGUGGCACAGUUUGGCGCCUGGGCGCUCGCGAGGGCGCAGAAGACCGAGAUAGAGAUCCUCGACGACGACGACAUCUCCGUCAUUUCGAGCUCGGGGUCUGACACGGACGACAGGGAGGCCAGGAAGGCCAGGCAAGGUGCCGGCUUGAGCGCAGGAAACGGCACUCCGCUUGUGCCUGCAGUGUCUGUUGGGAAGGCCGGAGACCCUCUACCACCAUUCCAGGAUCACAUGAUCCGCCAGCGUGUGGACAGGCACGGCCGCAUCAUGCAGAUGGAGCCUGAGAGUGAGAUUGUAGCGUGCAACCUCGACCCCGAGUCGAUUGGCGUGGUGAAGGAGGGUCCCGUGCGGAAGUGGCUCGAAGCCCGCCGACAGUGGGACAACCGAUUCGGCAGCGCCAGCGCCAAAGUGUACAAGAGGAGGCUCAAGGAGAUGGUUGCCGGCUACGAAGUCUUCGAGGGAGAGCAUCCUCCACCGAGCUCGAUGGCCGCCCGCCGCCGGGCCGGAGAAAAGGUCUCGACGCCGCGGAAGAAGAAGAGCAUGGGCCUGGCCUUGUGGUCUCUUUGGGGCUCGAAACACGACGAGCAGACCGUCAUUAGGGAAGAGCAGGCAGACAAGGACCCCGAGGUCAAGGUCGCCACCAAGCGCGAGGGCGAAGGUGCUCGCUCCCCGAGCGACAUCGCACGGCAAGCAGAGUCUUCGAAGCGCAUGGAGCGGAGCAAGUCAAGACGGCGUAUGGUCAGAGAUGAGAGCCAGACUGGCGCCACCCACGCAGCAGCUGCUGAAGACGUUGACGAGAACACCCCGGCUGCGGCGUUGCUCGCGCGACGUGCCGAGAGGGACGGCACGGCGUCGGAUGGUGUCGACUCGGAGGCGGCAAAGCAGCCCAACGGAGACGGGCGUCUUUUGACGCCAGACUACCAGCCGCCCGAACUCGGAGUGACCGGCAAGCGCCCCAAGGUCGGAGGAAUCGCAGUGCCCUUUACACUUAAGAAAGAAGCCGACACAGCAAGCAUGAUUACCUUGACGAGUCAAGCCGAUGGGCAAUCCAUCAUGACUCCUCUGCCUCCGCCAGAGGCCUUGAAGGAUGCCGAGGUCGACCCUCUGGCUGAGCAGGGUAACUUCGAGACUAGUGCUGGUGCCGUCGCUGCUGUCAAUGCCGACGCCAGGGAAGAGGUUGCUGACCCAGAGACGAUCAAGCGAGAAACUCGCGAGGUUGCGGCAACAGAGUCUGAGACGCCCACGGCCGCAAACGAAAGCAAGGUUGCUGAUCUGGCGCAAGCCUCCAGAGAGGAAGCUACUACACCCGUGGCCGCGGUCACUGGACAGUCCACCGAUUUGACUAAUGAGGCCGAGGAUGCUGACGACGAUGGGGUGACUCCCAAGGCAAACGCCGAGCCCCUCGCAACACCUGCCAGCGAGUACUUCGGCGUGCCAGUCAUGCAAGCCGGUGUUGUGGUCCCGAGCACAGCUGAGAGACCUCCCCUGGAGACGUUUGUCACCGCCCAGGAGGAUCUGCCUAGAGCACAGUGAUUCUGCGCUCGAUGGAGAACGAACCACAUCAGCAUUAUAUUUCUUUUGUUUUGGUUACUCGACGUGGGAGUGGAUUGCCACGCCAGUAUGCUUAGUUGUGA